AGCGGCCCGGGGGGGUGAUUAGCGCCUCGUCACGCGAGCACCGGAGGGGGACGAGCCAUCCGGACAGUCGGCGAGAGCUGUGGGUGUCUCCGAAUCGCUUUUGGAAUCGGCCGUUUUUUAAAGUACGGCUGUCGCAGUGGCGAUGGAAGGAGGCAUAGCUGUUCGGCAACCAUUUUAAGGGAGGAGGGGAUUUAAAUUCAAUUCUAGAACCGGCCGCUAGGCGAUCAUCCGGUCAAUCGCUAUACAGCUUUUACAGCUGCUGCACUAUUUCGAGCCUAAAAUUAUGAUUAUUUUAGCUGUUCGUCAGCUUGUAAUUGAGCAUCCCGCUCCGCACGCAGAAUCUAGUGAGGCCUCUAGCGGCCUUCUCGGUUGAGGGCGGAAGUGACGACUGCGUGCUGCCGGCGGCGCCAGAAGAAAACUCCUGGACUCACGUGGAAGUUGCGCCCAGGAUGCUGCGCCGCGAGGCCCGCCUUCGCCGCGAGUACCUGUAUCGCAAGGCCUGUGAGGAGGCUCGGCGAACGGCCCAGGAGAGGAAGGACAAGGUUCGGCGUGCGCUCGAGGAGAACCGCCUGAUUCCCACUGAGUUACGCAGGGAGGCUCUGGCCUUACAGGGUUCCCUGGAGUUUGACGAUGCCGGCGGUGAAGGUGUGACCAACCACAUGGAUGAUGAGUAUCGAUGGGCAGGGGUUGAGGAUCCCAAGGUCAUGAUCACUACUUCCCGAGACCCCAGUUCCCGCCUCAAGAUGUUUGCAAAGGAGCUAAAGUUGGUGUUCCCAGGCGCCCAGCGCAUGAACCGUGGCCGGCAUGAGGUAGGGGCGCUGGUGCGAGCCUGCAAAGCCAACGGGGUCACUGACCUGCUGGUUGUCCACGAGCAUCGAGGCACACCUGUGGGGCUCAUUGUCAGCCACCUGCCCUUUGGCCCAACCGCGUACUUCACACUGUGCAACGUGGUCAUGCGGCAUGACAUCCCCGACCUGGGCACUGCAUCGGAGGCCAAGCCUCACCUGAUUAUGCACGGCUUCUCCUCCCGCCUGGGUAAGCGGGUGAGUCCGAGGCCGUGGGGUGAAGGCUGGGGGCCUGGAGUGCCAGGCUGGGCAUGUGACACUUUUCUUCUUCUGCCCCAGGUCUCUGACAUACUCCGCUACCUGUUUCCUGUGCCCAAAGAUGACAGCCGCCGGGUCAUCACCUUCGCCAACCAGGAUGACUACAUCUCCUUCCGGCACCAUGUGUACAAGAAGACCAGCCACCGCAACGUGGAGCUGACCGAGGUUGGGCCUCGCUUUGAGCUGAAGUUGUACAUGAUCCGUCUGGGCACGCUGGAACAGGAGGCCACAGCAGACGUGGAGUGGCGCUGGCACCCCUACACCAACACCGCGCACAAGAGGGUCUUCCUGAGUGUUGAGUGAGCCCGCUCACCAGUCAGGAUGUGGACCUGGACCCAGGAGCUGGGGAGAGGAAACAUCCUGACCAGGUCCACCUGUAAAUGACUGCAGGGAGGAAGAAAUUAACACAUCCUCUCCAGAGGCUGAUGGGAACCAGGAAGUGUUUGAUUUUACGUCCUCCUCUUUUAGUAUAAAAGGAGCCUGAAUUCUAACUCAGGCAAGAUGUUUCUUUGGGGCACGAGCCCACCAUCUUCUCGGUUUGCUCGCUUUCCAAAUAAAGUCUUAUUUCUUGUCC